AUGGUUCACAUCACAGCGCUAGUCUCCGCCGCCGCCGCUGCGGGCCUGGCCCAAGCUUCUCUUCCCGGCCUGAAUGCUAUUCCGCCUCUCGGUUUGGGAACCUGGCUGUCGGACAAGGGCAAGGUGGCGCACGCCGUGUCUUUUGCCGUCGGCGAGGCGGGCUACGACCACAUUGACGCCGCCCUCAUCUACAGAAACGAGGACGAGACCGGCAAGGGCAUCGCCGACUCGGGCGUCGCCCGCAAGGACAUCUGGGUCACCAGCAAGCUCUGGAACUCGGACCACCGCGCCGAGCAGGCCGAGGCCGCCAUCAAGAAGUCCAUCGCCGACCUCGGCGUCGAUUACCUCGACCUCUACCUCAUCCACUGGCCCGUCGCCUUCGUCCCCGGCGACCCGGACAACAAGCUCGACACCGAGACCUCCAUCGUCGACACCUGGCGCACGCUCGAGGGCUUCGUCCGCGCCAACCUCACGCGCCACAUCGGCCUGUCCAACUUCGCCCGCGCCGACGUCGAGAAGAUCCUCGACGUCGCCGAGAUCAAGCCCUUCGCCCACGAGUUCGAGACCCACCCGUACCUCCAGCAGCAGGGCUUCGUCGACUGGCACAAGGAGAAGGGCAUCGAAGUCAUCGCCUACUCGCCGCUCGCCAACACGAACCCGACGUACAGCGACCACAUCCCGGCCAUCUACGACGACCCCUUCUGGAAGGGCGUCGCCGCCCGGAAGGGCGUCUCCGUCUUCCAGGCCGUGCUGGCGUGGGGCGUCCAGAGGGGCACCAUUGUGAUCCCCAAGAGCACCAAGGACUCGCACAUCGUCUCGAACCGCAAGGCGCUCGACAUCAAGUUCUCCGACGAGGAGCUCCGGGAGAUCGCGAAGCAGGACAAGAAGCACAGGCUGAGCAACCCGAGCAAGAGAUGGGGCGUCAAGCUGUUUGCGGACCUCGACGAUCCCGUCAAGCACGACGAGAAGAGCGAGGAACUCUGA